AUGAAUAUUGAAAAAUAAUUAAGGGAAGAUUACAUUCAUGACUUUCAUACUUUUCUUAGAAAAAAUGAAACAGAAAGUAAAUAAAAAGUUAAAACAACUCUCCUUCCUUUACCAUGGCAACCUAAUCAUCCUUUUAGAUUAUUAUGGGAUGUUAUUUCUAUGCUGUUUAUUGUAAUUCAAAUGAUGAUCAUUCCUCUUAAUUUAUCCUUCGAGAUUGAUGAUAAGGGACUGUCUUUGUUCAUGGAAAUUAUGGAUGAUUUCUUCUUAUUGGAUAUUCUUAUUCAAUUCAAUUGUGCUAUUUAUAUAGAUGGUAAAUUAAUAUUAAAAAGAUCAACCAUCAUUUGCAAUUAUCUUAAAUUCUGGUUUUGGUUGGAUCUUAUUAGUUCAUUACCAUAUGAUUAUUUUGUUGAAGUAAAUAUCAACAUUAUGGUAGGGAGGCAAUGUACAAAUGAUAAGAAUGUUAAGAUUCUUUAAAUUUCUUAAAGUAAUCAAAAUGAUUAAAGCUUUUAAAUUAAAGCUCUUAAUCAGAAGAUUAGAGACUUUUCUAGGAAAUGACUUCUCAUCUUUAAUGGAAUUUAUCAAAUUAACAUUUAUAAUAGUAGUUUUAGCUCAUUGGAGUGCUUGUAUAUUUAAUUUGACUAAUCAAGACAAUUAUGAUUACUUAACAUCAUUCUAUUUCACGUAAAAUGUCAAAAUUGAUAAUUUAGUAUUACCACUAUGAUCACUGUAGGUUAUGGAGAUGUUCUACCAUAUACAGCAGAAGAAUAAAUAUAUACAAUUUUUGCAAUGAUUUUAGCAUCAGGUGUUUUUGGAUAUACUGCAAAUAGCAUGAUAUCUAUCUUUCAAUAUGAAGAUCCAUAAUUAACAGAAUUGAUCAUGAAAUAGUAGAUCAUCAAUAAAUACACUAAAACCCAUGGUUGCUCAGGUAAAUUAAGACUUAAAAUUCAAAAUUAUUUAGAAUGGGUAGUAGAAAAUGAUUAUGAAGUAAGAUCAUCAUUAAUUAUUUCUGAUCUAUCUGAAGAAUUAAGAAAUUAAGUAAUAACUCAUAUGAACUUAAGAUUCUUCAAAACUCUUCCUAUAACAAUGAAUAGAGCCAUCAAAAUUAAUGAAUAUAGUAAAUCUAUUCAAUUAUUUUUAGUUCUUCCUCCAGAAACUAUAAUUAAUGAUGAGCAUCAUAUUUAUUAUAUUAUUUAAGGUAAAGUAUCAGUUAUGGCCAAUAAUAUACAUCUUGGAUAUGCAGAGUAAUGUUUUGGAACAAUAAAUUUCUUUUCAAAUAUUCCAAGAACUGCUGAAUUAAUUACUACUGAAACUACUAAUUUAGUCAAAUUGUCUAGAUAAUAAUUCUUAUAAUCAUUAAAUUAUGAGUAAUUCUAAAAAUUUCAUAUGAUAAAACAAAAAUUGGAAAAUAAUGAUUUUUUAGAUCUAAAUAUAAAAUGUUUAGGAUGUAAUCGCAAAGGUCAUGUCAUUAAAUAUUGUUAAUAAUUUCAUUAUGUAUCAUCAAGAUUAAUGAGACCAAAAAUUAAAUUCUUGAGGAUUCGUAAUAAAAAAUAAAAAACUAUUUACAAUUAAAAAUAAAUUGAAUAUUAUUUAAUAAUGCAAGCAAGAAAAAUUAAUACUAAAAAAAUGGUUAAAUAAGAAGAAAUUAAUUAAACUAUGAAUUAGAAUUUUGACAUUGAUGAAAUCAAAAAUUACAUUCAUUUUGAUAUUGAGUGGAACAUCAAUGAUGUUUUAAAAUCAUAUCGCUUAAAAACAGUAUAUCGAUAUUGCUAAGCAAUAAUUAAAAAGAACUUAAAAUUCUUAAUUCGUUAGAAUCUUUAAAAGUGUAAUAAUGAUAAACGAUUCCGUUUAAAGAGUGAACUCAAACCUAAGUAUAUUUAGAAAUAUAAAGAUUAAAAUAUGUAACACAAGAUAAUGGAUUGA